UUUCGGCCCAAGCGUUUGAGUCCCGUGGCCAGCACCAGAUCAUCGCAGCCAUGGGUGAAGGCGGCUUCGGUAAAGGAAAGAACGACGGCAAGGGCAAGAAGGGCAAGAAGGGGGGCAAGAAGGGCAAGAAGGGCGCCGAGGAGAAGGAGUGGGUCCCGUGCACCAAGCUCGGCCGGCUCGUGAAGGAGGGGAAGAUAACUUCCAUCGAGGACAUCUAUUUGCACUCCCUGCCGAUCAAGGAGUACCAGAUCAUCGACCAGUUUUUCGCGCCGGGCACGCUCAAGGACGAGGUGAUGAAGAUCCACCCGGUGCAGAAGAUGAGCUCCGCUGGUCAGACCAACCGCUUUGUCUGCUACGUGCUGGUCGGUGACAGCAACGGCCACAUCGGCCUGGGAUCGAAGUGCUCGAAGGAGGUGGCCACGGCCAUCCGAGGCGGCAUCAUCGCGGCGAAGCUCAGCCUCAUUCCCGUGCGCCGUGGGUACUGGGGCAACAAGAUUGGCCUGCCCCACACCGUGCCCAUGAAGGUGGCGGGCAAGUGCGGCAGCGUGCGCGUGCGCCUGGUGCCGGCCCCGCGCGGCUCUUCGGUCGUCGGGUCGCCCGUGAUGAAGAAGAUGCUCGCGUUCUGCGGCAUCCAGGACUGCUUCACGUGCUCGUGCGGCCACACCCGGACGAAGGGGAACUUCAUCAAGGCCACCUUCGACGCUCUCAAGUCCACCUUCGGCUACCUCACGCCCGACCUGUGGAAGCCGACGCACUUCAUCAAGCCACCCUUCCAGGAGUGGUCGGAUUACCUGGCGCAGUCGAAGACGAGCGCGUACUAAAGCCCCGCCGCCGCAAAAACAGGCUCGGGCGCAGGCUCUCUCGCUCUCAAGACCUCCGCCCACCAGAUGCUCCCGGUCGCCAGCCCCCAGAGCUCUCCCCACCUUCCCCGGGACCGGACGAGGGCGGCCGCGCGGGGAGAGCUCUGACACACGAGUGGGGCGCGAUCUCGUUCGAGCCGGGUCGCUGGGGGCCGGGGCCUCCCUCCCGGUGCCGCUCGUGCUUCCCUUGGUCCUCCCCGUUUCCUUCGCCUCCCCGCGUCCUUCUCCUGGCGCGUGCAGCAGCCCCGCGGCGGGCGUGCCCCCCUGGUGUUCGCGCGGCGAGCCAGGGGGGGAGGAAGC